AUGAAGGAAGACGACGAUGAUGAAGACGACGAUGAUGAAGACGACGAUGAUGAAGACGAGGGCAGACCUCGCGUGGUGCGGACGAGAGAAGGCAGACCUCGCGUGGUGCGGACGAGAGAAGGCAGACCUCGCGUGGUGCGGACGAGAGAAGGCAGACCUCGCGUGGUGCGGACGAGAGAAGGCAGACCUCGCGUGGUGCGGACGAGAGAAGGCAGACCUCGCGUGGUGCGGACGAGAGAAGGCAGACCUCGCGUGGUGCGGACGAGAGAAGGCAGACCUCGCGUGGUGCGGACGAGAGAAGGCAGACCUCGCGUGGUGCGGACGAGAGAAGUUUGGGAAAAAGCUGGCGGGCGGAAGCUUCCCCUCAGAAUAGGACACACUGACCCACACGAGAACAGGACGUCCAGACCCACACGAGAACAGGACGUCCAGACCCACACGAGAACAGGACGUCCAGACCCACACGAGAACAGGACGUCCAGACCCACACGAGAACAGGACGUCCAGACCCACACGAGAACAGGACGUCCAGACCCACACGAGAACAGGACGUCCAGACCCACACGAGAACAGGACGUCCAGACCCACACGAGAACAGGGCGUCCAGACCCACACGAGAACAGGGCGUCCAGACCCACACGAGAACAGGGCGUCCAGACCCACACGAGAACAGGGCGUCCAGACCCACACGAGAACAGGGCGUCCAGACCCACACGAGAACAGGGCGUCCAGACCCACACGAGAACAGGGCGUCCAGACCCACACGAGAUCAGGGCGUCCAGACCCACACGAGAUCAGGGCGUCCAGACCCACACGAGAACAGGGCGCCCAGACCCACACGAGAACAGGGCGUCCAGACCCCACACGAGAACAGGGCGUCCAGACCCCACACGAGAACAGGGCGUCCAGACCCCACACGAGAACAGGGCGUCCAGACCCCACACGAGAACAGGGCGUCCAGACCCCACACGAGAACAGGGCGUCCAGACCCCACACGAGAACAGGGCGUCCAGACCCCACACGAGAACAGGGCGUCCAGACCCCACACGAGAACAGGGCGUCCAGACCCCACACGAGAACAGGGCGUCCAGACCCCACACGAGAACAGGGCGUCCAGACCCCACACGAGAACAGGGCGUCCAUACACACAAGAGAACAGGACGCAAUUGCUCUGCUAAAAAAAGUGUGGCGGCGGCGAUAGACAAUGUGAGCUUGACUCCGAAGGUUACUGAUGAGUGGAAAGUCGCUAGAAAUAAGAAACUGAAGAUUACCAUGAAGAAGCUUCGUGUUAGGACCUCCAUUGCCGGCAAUGCACUGAACGAUAAGCACUCCGAGGCGGCGGAAACGUUGUCUCCAGGUAGUGCACUGAAGAUGAAAAAUAUCUUGGAUUUGUCGGCGAGGUAG